GCUCGGGGCACGCGCUCUGUCUCGUUCAUUGAUCCGCGUCUCUUUUAAAAACUCCUUUCUAGCGCGGUAUUCUCUCACUCAAACACACCCGGUCCCGCUCGAUCCUAUCCCGCACUAUAUAGACAGGUUCAGAAUCAAGAGAGCGCGUUUCUGGGAAGACGUGGCGUGAACCGGUUUAGUGGUUUUUCUCUCUCUCUCGGUUAUGGACUACAUUUGAGAGCGAGUAGAGAGACGGAGAACAGAAAGGCUGAACCGAGAAAACAAAUGUUACUCUACGACAACAUCAUGGACUCUGCUCUCCUCUCAGUCGUUACGCUGGUCGUUGUUUUCACCUCCUCCUCCUACUCACUGUCCUCCUCCGACGUCGUUCCCUCUCCUUCCUUCAUUCUACCGUUUACCGACUGUAUCCAGAGCCGCGGGAGAGACGGGUUCUACCAAGGGGCUGUGGACGUGACGGAGUCCGGUGCGGUGUGUAUGAGGUGGAGCGAGGUAGCGGGGUUUGAGGAGCGUUAUCCGGGUAGAGGCCUGGGGGAACAUAACCGCUGUCGGAACCCGGACAACAGGAUCAGACCCUGGUGUUUCUUUAGGAACAUCCGCGGCAGAACCGACUGGGGCUACUGCGACUGUAAACAAGGGUCAGUGCGCCUGCAGGGCGGCCGCUCUAAGCUGGAUGGCAGGGUGGAGGUGUAUCUUCAGGGGGUCUGGGGGUCUGUCUGUAGUGAUGACUGGGGAGACCAGGACGCUACAGUGGUGUGCAGACAGCUGGGACAGGGUUUCUCUGGGCGAGCGCGCUCCUCCGCCCUAUCUCCUCGAGGGGGUGUGGUCAGAAUGCACUGGGGGGCGGUCCACUGUCAGGGGGAGGAGCCUGAUAUACUGCAGUGUCCCAGUGUCCCAUGGAACGGAGGGGAGUGUCCCCACGCUGCUGCCGUCACCUGUUCCCCAUUGGAAGUGGUAGCAGUGGUGCCAGUGAGGUUGGUGGGGGGCGUGGCAGCGUGGGAGGGGCGUGUUGAGGUGUUCCACGGGGGCGUGUGGGGAUCCGUCUGCGACGACCAAUGGGAUGAGAGCGACGUGGAGGUUGUCUGUCGACAGCUGGGCCUGGGGGGUGUAGCACGAGCGUGGGGUCAGGCGUAUUUCGGUGCGGGGUCAGGCAGGGUGUGGCUUGAUGAGGUGCGCUGCACGGGGAACGAGCUGACCCUGGAACAGUGUCCUAAAGCUGCCUGGGGAGAACACAACUGUCUCCACUCUGAAGACGCAGGGGUCUCCUGUACCCCUCUCCCUGGUACGAUGGGACGCCUUCACACCCACGCUGAUGGUUCCGUGCGGUUGUCUGGGGUUAGUGGGAGCAGCGAGGGCAGACUGGAGGUGUUGUAUAGAGGGAAGUGGGGGACGGUGUGUGACGACGGAUGGACUGACUCUAACACACAGGUGGUCUGUGGACAGCUGGGGUACAGAUCAGGGGAGUCUCUUCCUCCGGAGGGGUCAGAGGUCGCCUCAGGUGGGCAGUUUCCGGCGAGGUCAGGCCCCAUCCUAUUGGACGAUGUGAGCUGUACGGGGAAGGAGCCAAGCCUAUCACUGUGCAGCAGGAGGGCGUGGCUUAGACAUGAUUGUUCCCACAAGGAAGAUGUCAACAUUCGCUGUAGGGACAAACUCACACACACCCUGCACAGUGUCCCGGUGAGGCUGGUAGGAGGGGAGAGCGUUAAGGAGGGGAGAGUAGAGGUGUACCUCCAGGGGGUAUGGGGGACGGUGUGUGACGAUGGAUGGACAGACGUAAACGCAGAGGUGGUGUGUCGACAGCUGGGAUACAGUGGAGUGGCGAAGGCCCGUGUGAUGGCGUAUUUUGGCGAGGGGGAGGGGCCUAUCCAUGUGGACAACGUGAAGUGUUCUGGCGAGGAGCGUUCAUUGGUCGACUGCCUCAAACAGCCGACCGGGACGCAUAACUGUCGCCAUAGCGAAGACGCCGGGGUCAUCUGUGACUACGGCCAAUCACAGUUCAGCGACACAGAGGGCAAAGGUACGGGGGAGUCUGUGUUAGAUCAUGUGUGUGGGUUGAGGCUGAUACAUACACGCCAACGCAGAAUCAUAGGAGGAGAAAACUCACUGAGGGGAGGCUGGCCAUGGCAGGCAGCGGUGCGUCUCAGAGGCUCUCGGGGGGACGGAAGGUUGGUGUGUGGAGCAACUCUCAUCAGCUCCUGUUGGAUACUGACCUCAGCCCACUGCUUUAAGAGGGAUGGUAACAGCACUAAACAGUACAAGGUGAGGAUAGGGGACUACCAUUCUCUGGUUAACUCUCCUCUCUCCUCCAGGGAUGGUAACAGUACAAGGUGAGGGUAGGGGACUACCAUUCUCUGGUUAACUCUCCUCUCUCUCCUCCAGGGAUGGUAACAGCACUAAACAGUACAAGGUGAGGGUAGGGGACUACCAUUCUCUGGUUAACUCUCCUCUCUCUCCUCCAGGGAUGGUAACACCACUAAACAGUACAAGGUGAGGAUAGGGGACUACCAUUCUCUGGUUAACUCUCCUCUCUCUCCUCCAGGGAUGGUAACAG